CUAAUCAUGGUGAUUUUAGCUACCUAACAAUUUUCUGCAUGUACUAAAUAAGUAAAUAAUCAAAAUCCUGCACCGUGAAAGUAACAUUUUUUCCCUUUAUAAGAUAUGAAUGAAGUGUUUGAGUUUUCAAAGCAAAAUUAGGAAUGUAAAUGACCUCCACCACUUAAAUUUGAACAAUCAAGUAGGAAUAUAUUACUUUGACUUGUGAAUAUGAUAUUUUGACUUGUACAAGAUAUAUGGAAGUAUCCUCUUGCUUGCCCGUCUUUGAUUGGUUGGAAUAUAUUAUUUGAGAUUAGUUGGAAGAAUGUAUUAUUUCGGAUUAAUUGGAAUAUGUUAUUUGGGAUUAGUUGGAAGAAUUUAUUAUUUCGGAUUAAUUGGAGUAUGUUAUUUUGACCUGUAAGUAUAAUAUUUUGACUUGUACAAGAGAGAAGUGAUGGAUAGUUGAUAUAUACCUUCUUUAGUUGUAUUCAAUAUUUGCACUACCAAAAAAAGAAAGUAAGUUUUCUUGCUUUCACCAAGCCAAGAUUCAAUAAUAUUGUAAAUCAAUAUCUUCCUCUCCUCAUGGCUCAACCUUACAGAACUGCUUAUCAUUUUCAACCUCCAAGGAAUUGGAUAAAUGGUACAUUCUUAACAUUUUUUUUUUUUCAGGAUUCUGAUUAGUUUUGUGUAAUAUAAUCUAAACUCUUCUUUGUAUAUUUUUAUUUAUUAUUGAUUUCUGUUCGAUUGAUGGAUCAUGUCAUUGACUUGUAAUGCUGGUGAAAUGGGAAUUAUGCACAUCGUCCGAUAAACAGAUCCUAAUGGACCAAUGAUAUACAAGGGAAUAUAUCAUUUGUUUUACCAGUACAAUCCUGAAGGUCCACUAUGGGGAAAUAUUGCAUGGGGUCAUUCUACUUCAACUGAUCUUGUCAACUGGACUAUUCAUCCUCCUGCACUUUCGCCUUUAGACCCAUAUGACAUCAAAGGUUGCUGGUCAGGUUCCGCUACAAUUCUCCAAGAUGGCACACCAGCUAUACUCUACACUGGAGGCGACUCACAAAAAGUUCAACUUCAAAGUCUAGCCGUGCCCAAAGAUCCAUCCGACCCUUAUCUUGUCGAAUGGGUUAAAUCACCCUACAAUCCAAUCAUCACACCGAAUGAAGAGAAAAGAAUUACAUGCUUUAAAUUUUUCACGGCGUGGUUACUCCCCGAUGAGGAACAUUUAUAA